ACAAUGAAACGACAGUCCUGCAUCAGUUCAUUUGUAUUUGCAUGUCAGUUCAGCUUCACAUAUAUACUCAUCGCCAUAACGUUACAUUUCGGCAAAGUGAUGAUGCUGAGUAAUGAAAUCACACCGUUCGAUUAUCUCAGGGUUGUCUUGCUGACACAGUUUGGUGCCAAUUUUAUCAGUCAACUGAUUGCAUCAGUGAGUGAUUUAUCCAAAGCACGCAUGGCUUCGGAGAAUAUUCUUGGCGUGAUUAAAGAAACAGCAGUUGAUAUGAACAAUUUAAGUGAUGAAGGAUUGCGACCGAAGAUAUCAGGUCGGUUGAUGCUUAAAAAUGUGGAAUUUAGGUAUCCAUCUCGACCAAUAUGUCCCGUUUUACGGAGUCUCACUCUCAAGGUAAAAUUGCUAAAUAAAUUUCGAUCUUUCACUGCCCCGUAUAAUCAACUAUUUUACCUAGACAGCGACAACGAAGAGGAUUUUGUCUUUUGCCUUAUGAAUCAGCGUCAGAAGCUUUUAUUCAAUAUCAAUUUUGUUGUUUUUGAUUACUAUGAUAUUACGACCAAUUCCGUUAUUCUUGGUACUCAGUAUCAGAUACAAGGAACUACAUUUCGCUAUCGUGCUCCCACUUUUCAAUUUCACACCUUACAGGUCCGUCCGGGUGAUUCAAUUGCUAUCGUCGGUCCAUCUGGUUCUGGAAAAAGUUCCAUUCUGGCGUUGUUCCAGCGAAUGUACAGCACCACAAAGGGAGAAGUGGUAUCUUUAAUACGUAAUUUAGCCCUUAUUAAUCCCGAUUUUAUUGAUCAAGAUUUCAAGCUUACUUGGACGUUAAUCGAUGAUUACAAUGUGAAGCAAAUUAAUCCGGCAUAUCUGCGACGUGUGGUAGUUUCGGUUGGUCAGGAACCAACGUUAUUUUCAUUUACCAUUCGUGAAAAUAUCGGUGAGCAACACGUACAGAUUUUGACUCAUUCGAUAUGGGUUGCCAGAAGACGAAGCGACAGAACAAAAAAUCAUUGA